AUGCAGAAUUCAUCUGAAGUCGUGCUAGUUUCAUAUUCAGCAUUCAAAUCCAAUCCUCCAAACGAAUUUAAACUGAACAAAGACGGAGCUGAGGUCUUACGGCUUCCAGAUAGUUCUCAAGUCACGAUUAUUAGCGAUAAGCAGGAGUUAUCCAACACUGAUAAGAUUAACCUCGUGAAGACAACAAGUGAAUUGGACGCUUUACGAAAUCAGCUCUUUAACCGACCUCUUUUACUGCUGGUAACUUGCGGCAAACAUGUACCACAUGGCCAAAGGUAACUGUCAUACUAUUUUCUUGUUUUUCCUAGUUACAUGUAUCCCCUUAGAAAAGCAAGACUCUCGAGAGAAAAGAGUGAAAGUUUCGACGUAUGGUGUUCUAAAUAAAACGAAAAAAAAAAAAAUCUGUUAUCGCGGAAAUCACCUGAUAAAGAGCCUCUGUAUGGGUAUUUCGUCGCGCGUUUUCCAUCAAAUCGUCGGUUUUUCACGCAAAAUUGUCGCAUAUCAAGAAUUGUUUUGCGUGGUAACACUACUAGCAAGCUCAGCGCAAUCACAACGACGACGGGAAUGAAAAAAUUAGCAAGACAAAAACUCUGAAAGUGUAGCACUUUUUUUGGUAGGUUUCUUUGCCGUCAUUGCAUAAACUUACGUUGUCAAACUUGAUUAAAAUGGCAAUGCGAUCGUCGCUUAGUUAAUCUAUGAGGUCGUGGCUUCAUCAGUGCGGGUGAUCUUCGCGACUUCGAUUUCGUCGGAAACCGACACCCAUACACAGGCUCAAUAAACAAAAUACGAAACCUACAUUUUUUUCGGUACAAAUGCCUAAAUUCUGCGAGGCUGCUUUCCACGUAGUAACCAUUGGGAUAAUUCAUUAAGCUAAAUCAUCUCAAAACGUUGAGUUGUUAAACCUAGCUUUUAGGCGCGGAUCCAUACCGGUUUCUACUGUUUUACGGAAAUCGGUCAGAUUUUUCAUAAUAAAUAUAUUUUUAGUAAAAAAUGUUUAAACUUUCCAAGUUGAUAUCUGGAAAAUGGUUUGGACAGUCAGUAAAUAUCCCGUCUGAAUGACUCAGAAACCCAGGAAAGGGGACUUUGGGGAGUUAAUUAAAAUCCAAAAAUUUCCCAGGGGAGCAUGCCCCCAGACCUCUCUAGAAGUAGGAAAUCGGUCAGUAUUUAUUCUAGAUCCCCACCUGGACUUUUACCUCAAUCAAAAAACGUUAAAGCUUUAACCAGUACUUUCAUAAGCAACAAAUACAAUCGACAAUUAGCGAGCUAUUGCAUUGAGCCCUCCCCUCUCCAAAAAUAUUACCACGCGGGGUUGAAACACGUGUUUUUUUUCAAAUUUUAUCGCUUUAUUUCUGUUCAUCAGACUAAAUAAGAGGGGAGAAUAUCUAAGUAUCCGUGACCCUGAAUGGUGGAUUCAGUUGAAUAGUACCCCCUGGAUGAAUCCCUAUGCUCGGUGGGGAACUGACCACUGUACUUCCCUAUACGAGGAGCGUUACAUCAGACCGGAGUUUGUGGUCAGUAUUGAUACUUCUAAUCCUGACAUAAGACGAAUGUUAGAAGAUGGACUUAACAAGGCAGAGAACAUGCUAUAUGAAAAAGCAAGUUUUGCUGUUGAGGUAAGUGCCGUCAGAAUCGAAGCAUUUUUUUUUUGUUUUCGAACUGAUAAUAUAGGUUUUGGUUAUUCAUUCAAAUUCUGAUAGGUUAAAUCGGCUAAUUCAAAAUUUGGAAGAUGCGAUCAACAUACUACACUCAAUCCACUGCCAUCUUUGUUCUCUCGUCUCUAGGCAAACAUACCAUCGAUCAACCACAAGUAAACUAAACAGCAACGUUCACGACUAUCCGAAGACAUUGUAACAUGAACCGACUAAAUGCAGGAAUACCCAAAUCAUAUUGCUUGAUGGAUGUUAUCUACCUUUUGAGGAGUAUCUGUGAGGAAAAAAAACAUCGUUUAUAUCCUGAAACCAUGCCGAGAAAUAAGCCAAAGGUUUGAAGGAAGUCUACGACAAGAAAAGCUUCCUACGAUUUUGAAUGAACGAUGAAACAACUAUUAAAUUCGAAUUUCUUAUGAUGUGAAGAAUUAUUCCGUUAAUAACAAUCCCCUCUAUCUGCGUAAUUUUUCACAUCAUACUAAGCCUCACCCGACAAUUGUUAAAAAAGUAUAUUAGUAGACUCGAACACAGACUCGUACUGGUCUAAGAAAAGGGGUCCCGGAGAUAGGUAACCUGAUCAUCAACGCAGAUAAAAUUUCCUCGACUACUCCCUACUAAUCUGCUUAUUUUGCAAACAGUUUGACUUCAAUCCCAUGAUUCUCCGCUGGUGGAAGACUCAAGGCAUCAGACGCUAUGAUUCACUGGAAUGUCUUGAAAUGACAGCAGCUGUUGGAGCAAACUUCGUGGUAACUAACUGUUCAGCUGUCAAUCAUUUCUUUGACUGUCACCCUGCUUGGUGUGCCUGCUGGCCUUGUUACCUUGUGAUUGCAGUCCCCUAUAAAAUAUGGCGGAACGCCUUUCAAGGAAUUCGUGACAUUUCGAUCACCAUGGAGGGUAACGCAAUCUCCGCGAAUCCAGGUUCUUCAAGCUACAGCUUGGUCGAUCUUCACCGUUCUCCUGUGCGUGACACCCAGCCAGCUGGAGAUGCGCAGGGAAUGGUACCUGGUUUACUACCUGUGGCUCAUGGGAUUCCUCAGCAUACAUUUUUCCCUCCUCAUUCCUUGCAAGGGUCGCUGGGUAAUCCUCGCUUCAAGUUUAACUAG